UGCGUCGUUUGACGCGGAAGCUAAGCAGACGAGGAGGACUUUGUGUUAGUAUGUGAUGUGUGGCCUGGCUGCAGGAGAAGUCUCAAAGUUCAACCUGCACAGCAGACAGAAGUGCGUCAACACAGUUCAAGCGACAACAUGGCUCAGCUCACUCGUGUCUCAGGGUCCGUGGGUCUGAUCACUCUGCAGAGUCCGCCUGUCAACGCGCUCAGUGCGGCGGUGAGACAGGGCAUCGUUGACACGGUGCAGAGAGCACUCAGUGACCCAGAGGUGAAGUCGGUGGUGGUCUGUGGCCAGAAUGGAAUCUUCUGUGGGGGAGCCGACAUCAAGGAGUUUGGGACGAACAUGUCCGGGCCGCCACUUGUGCCGUUGAUCCACGCCAUCGAGGUCGCGCACAAACCGGUGGUGGCGGCCAUAGAGGGGAUAGCUUUGGGAGGAGGCCUUGAGCUGGCACUUGGCUGCCAUUAUCGAAUCGCACACUCCAAAGCCAAACUGGGGCUUCCAGAGGUGACACUGGGUCUGCUCCCAGCUGCAGGGGGAUCCCAGCGUCUCCCGAGGCUCAUCGGGGUCCCAGCUGCCUUAGACCUCAUCACCACAGGCCGCCAUAUCACUGCCGCUGAGGCCCUGAAACUCGGAGUAGUGGAUCAGAUUACUGCUCACAGCACCGUGGAUGUAGCAGUGAAGUUUGCUCUGAGUGUGGCAGGAAAACCGCUGGAUGGCCGUCGUAUAAGCAGCUUACCGUGUCCUCGCCCGCCCAACAUGGAUGCCCUGUUUGAGGGGGUGAUGAAGAAGGUGCGACAGAGCGCCCGCGGAGCCAUAGCACCGAUUGCGUGUGUCCAGGCGAUCCGGGCGGCCGCCACCCUGCCCUAUGAUCAGGGCAUGGAGCGGGAGCUAGAGCUGAUGGCCAGUCUCUUCACCUCCGACCAGGCCCGUGCCCUGCAGUACAUCUUCUUCGCUCAGAGGGCCGUCGCCAGGUGGAGCAUGCCCAGUGGAGCCCGCUGGGACACGAGCAAGCCUAGGCCUGUGCAUAAAGCAGCUGUCAUCGGUCUUGGCACCAUGGGGAGAGGCAUAGCGGUGGCCCUGGCUCAGACGGGGUUGUCUGUGGUCGCGGUGGAGACCCAGGAGAAGCAGCUGAUGGCGGCCAAGCAGGAGAUGUCGGGCAUGUUAGAGCGAGGGGCUAAGAGACGUGGCGUGGCCCCUGCACUCGAUAAGAUCCGCUACAGCCCCGACAUCAAGGCUGUGGCUGAUGCUGACCUGGUCAUCGAGGCUGUGUUUGAAGACAUGGCUCUGAAGGAGAAAGUCUUCCAGCAGCUGUCUGCUCUUUGUAAGCCCGGCACUCUUCUGUGCACCAACACCUCUGGGCUGGACGUGGACCACCUGGCCUCUCAAACACGCAGCCCGGAGCUGGUGGUGGGGAUGCACUUCUUCGCCCCUGCCCAUGUCAUGAAGCUGCUGGAGGUGGUGUAUGGAUCCAAGUCCUCUCCUCAAGCCUUGGCCACUGCCAUGCAGCUGGGAAAGAAAAUGGGCAAAGUCAGUGUGGCUGUUGGAAACUGUCGGGGCUUUGUGGGGAACCGCAUGCUGAAGCCUUACAGUGAGCAAGCCUUCUUCCUGCUAGAAGAGGGAGCCACGCCUGAGCUGGUAGAUGGUGCACUGGAGGACUUUGGGUUCCCCAUGGGCUUGUUCAGAAUGUCUGACCUGUCUGGGCUGGAUGUGGGCUGGAGGGUCAGGAAGGCGGACGGGCUGGGAAAGUCUUCUGGGGCAUCAGGGCAACAAGCAAGAAUACGACAAGGCAGGCGGUACAGCCCCCUGGGAGAUGUCCUCUGUGAGCAGGGACGCUUUGGUCAGAAAACAGGAAGGGGAUGGUAUCAGUACGACAAACCCGGUGGUCGGGUCGGCAGGCCUGAUCCCUGGCUUCACAGCUUUCUGGAGGAGUACCGAGCCCAGCACGGCCUGGUGGCACGCCGCAUAGACCACCAGGAGGUGCUGGAGCGUUGCCUCUACACCCUGAUCAACGAGGGCUUCCGCAUCCUGGAGGAUGGAAUAGCUGCAGGACCUGAAGAAAUAGAUAUCAUCUAUGUGUUUGGCUAUGGCUGGCCCCGGCACCGCGGAGGCCCCAUGUUCUACGCCAGCAUGGUGGGGCUGGAGAAGGUCUUGGCGAGGCUGGAGUUCUACCAAGAGGCUCACCCCGACGUGCCUUACCUGCAGCCCUGCAACCUGCUGAAGAGGCUGGUGGCCAGUGGCAGCCCACCUGUCCACAAGUGGAGGGAGGUUGUGAAGAAACUCCACAGUCAGCUUUAAAUGUCAUACGUCUCAGCUUUAUUAUCAUAAUACACUAAUUUUAAACCAUUAUGAACUUGAUUUACAAUGUGUUUUCCAACAUAAUUAUGAUGAUUAUGGAUUUCUGAUAUUAUUGUGCUUUUUGUGAUCAAUAAUUGUAACAUCUUCCCCAUGGCAGUGACCUUGUGAGCCUACAUUGAUAUAACAGUUUAUUUGGGUCAUCUGUACAUUCCUAUACCCUCAUAUCGAAAUCCAAGUUUUGUAAAGCUUAUUGUUUCUGUCAAUGCUUUAUCAGAGAUAUUCAUUCAACUCACAAUAUACUGAUUGAUACUUGUUUCUAAUGUACUAUCUGCCUCGUGAAUAUAAAUGGGUAUUAACAAAAUAUUAGAGAUACGCACUGCAACCACUGCCAAAGUGACAACAGAUGAAUGAAAACACCUCAACAGUGUCACAGAACUUUACUUAGGUUUGACGAUCAAAAGUAUGAGGGCACAAGUCUAUUGGAAUGAAUUAGAUGAUCCUAAUAAACUGCUAACUCAAUGAUAUGCGAUACAACUGUAUUAAUACCUAAGCAAAAUAUCCACUGAAACAAUAACACAGGAAAACCCCACCAAAGAGCUGCUAAGUUGCUUCAACCAAAAAGUGCAAUUUCUUAAAACAACAAUAUAUUAAAAAAUAUACAGUGAUGUCAUUAAACUCUGAUGUGAUAUAGGAAAUUCUUGAAAGAUCACAUUCAGAAUUACAUUAUAUAAAUAUAAUAUCAAAGUGAUUAUUUUUUACUGAUUGUCUUAUAUUAAGCUGUCAACGGUAAUGCAUGUAAUGCAUGUAAUG